ACCGAAGCCAUUUUAUUAUUUUAACAGCAAAAGGUGCAGGUGCAUCAGUAAUUUUUUUUUUAUACUAACAGUUUUAAUUUUCGUGCUCACGACACCAUGGGCCAGUGUGGGAUCACGUCAUCCAAAACCGUCCUGGUUUUCCUCAAUCUCAUAUUCUGGGCUGCAGCUGGAAUCUUAUGCUACAUUGGAGCCUAUGUGUUCAUCACAUAUGACGACUACGACCACUUCUUCGAAGACGUGUACACCCUCAUCCCUGCUGUUAUAAUAAUAGCUGUCGGGACUCUCCUUUUCAUCAUCGGCUUGAUUGGCUGCUGUGCAACAAUACGCGAGAGCUCCUGUGGCUUGGCAACUUUUGCUGCCAUCCUGCUGUUGGUAUUUGUAACAGAGUGUGUGGUGGUGGUGCUCGGCUACAUAUACAGGGCAAAGGUCGAGGACGAGGUCAAUCACUCCAUCCAGAAGGUUUACAAUGAAUACAACGGCACCAACACUGAUGCUCCUAGUCGCGCCAUUGACUAUGUGCAGAGGCAGCUUCACUGCUGCGGCAUUCACAACUACUCUGACUGGAGGAACACCCGCUGGUUUAAAGAAUCCAAGAACAACAGCGUCCCAGUCAGCUGCUGCCAGCCAAACAUCAGCAACUGUACAGGCACUCUGACUCGACCAGCAGAUCUCUACCAAGAGGGUUGUGAAGCUCUUGUUGUGAAGAAGUUAAAGGAGAUCAUGAUGUACGUCAUAUGGGCUGCACUCACUUUUGCAUCCAUACAGAUGCUGGGCAUGCUCUGUGCCUGCGUGGUGCUGUGCAGGAGGAGUCACGACCCGGCGUACGAGCUGCUGGUCACCACCAACAGCUACGCAUGAAGCCAGCCAACAGAGCACUCAGAAAAUCAACAGGAGCGUCACCGGACAUGUCCACAGUAGAUAUCAGCUGUAGUUAUAUAAGCUCAAGCACACCUUGCACAAUUCAUGAUAAAGUAGCGAACACUGACGAUGCGGUUGGGGUGGGAGGGGGCUU